AUGUCAUGGAGGCAGCAUUGAUGCUGUUGCUGAUGCUGUUGCCCGGCGCCUGUAUCUGUGCAGCCAGACAGGGGUAACCGUAGCCACCGGUCCACCAUCAGCAGCAGAGAAGGGACAGAGGGGGUGAGAAGGAUCUUCAGCAUCCCUGGAGAGCUACAUACGCAGUGAGAAGAUGACUCUGGCAGCCUACAAAGAGAAGGUCAAAGAGCUCCCCCUGGUGUCUCUGUUCUGCGCCUGCUUGAAUCCACAGACGGUAGAUAAACCCACGUACAAGGCAGAAGAUGCGGUGGAUCUGGGAUGGUGCGUCAUCAAAGACGUGGAGGUGAUUGAGCUGAAUAAGCGGGCAUCGGGCCAAGCCUUCGAGGUCAUCCUCAAGCCGCCGUCCUUUGAUGGCGUGCCAGAGCUCAACACCUCCAUGCCGCAGCGCCGCGAUCCGUCCCUGGAGGAAAUCCAGAAGAAACUGGAGGCGGCCGAGGAGAGGCGAAAGUGCCAGGAAGCCGAGCUGCUGAAGCACCUGGCCGAGAAGAGGGAGCAUGAGCGCGAGGUGAUCCAGAAGGCCUUUGAGGAGAACAACAACUUCAUCAAGAACGCCAAGGAGAAGCUGGAGCAGAAGAUGGAGGCCAACAAGGAGAACAGGGAGGCCCUGCUGGCAGCCAUGCUGGAGAGGCUGCAGGAGAAGGACAAACACGCAGAAGAAGUGAGGAAGAACAAGGAGCUGAAGGAGGAAGCCUGCCGGUAGAUGAGUGGAGCAAGGGAGCCGAGAAAGAGCAAGAGAGAGAGAGAGAGAGAGGGACUGGGAGUUUUUGAAUUGGUAAAAAAAAAAAAAAAAAGAGGAAAUCAAAACAGUGCAGGAAAGAAAAAAAAAAAACAACUCAAAAACAACUCGAACAAAGGGAAAAGGCAAGUUUUCAUAUUUGACAUAGUUAGUAUGCUGUAACGAUUCUGAAUGAGCUGUACACUACUCUUGAUGUUGAAAUUCAAAAAGAAAUCUUUUGCUUUUUUUUUUCUAAAAAAGGAAAAUGGGUGGGUGGUGGUGUGGCAUCAAAAAAACAUUUAACAUAUUCAAAAGAGGAGCUGCUGUUGUUUGGUGAGGAAUUAAAGCUGUAUCACAGCAGGGGGAGGUAAAAAUUUAAAUUACAGCUCUCUCAUUUCUUGAGUUCCCUCAGUCAGAGAGUAGGAAAUUAUUAUAAUUGCCUGCAUGAUAUUUUAGCUGUGUUUUUCUUACUGUUGGUGCUGCUGUAUAUCAGCAUAUUGUCGCUGAAUGCUGCCAGCAACACAGAUGAUUACACAAUUUACAAUGAGUCUGUAACUAUGAAGAAGGGAGAUGUAAUCUAAAUUGUUACCUGGUAAAAGAUGAAAAACAGUAUGAUGUGUUUGAGUAACACUGGACACACAGAUGUAGUUUAAGCCCUAGUCAGUCAGAACCAAAACGAGUCCAAACCAAGAGGCUUCUUCAGUUUUUGAUGUACAGAGUACUCACCAGUCAAUACACUUAACACACAAGCAUCUGAAUUAAAAAUAAAAUCAGAUUUCCCAGGGUUCAUCGCUCUCACGCUAAUUCUCUGCUGCACGAUUUCUGGGAUUGUUCUGUCUGUCUGGGGACAUCUGUGUGUGCUAAACUUACACUAAAUGGCUUAUGAAUAUAAAAUGAAGAAAUCUGGCUUCUGUUUCUUUCUACGGUGCUCUAAGGGAGUGAAAUUUAAAAAUAAAAAAAUCUUUUAAAAAAGCUUGAAAAGUGAGGAAGCUCUGCUGUAUUCUGCCAUUUUCCGGCUCUUUGUGAAACUUUUAACUGUAGUGUAGUUGUAGAUCAGUGACAUGCAUUUGAGUCUCUUAGAUUUAGAGCACUGAUUGCACUCUUAUUUCAUUAAGCACAACUCAAAAGCACAUGCAUACAAGAAGGGCAGUGGAUAUUUACAGUAAAAACGACAAUAACAUCACAGGGAAGCAAAGUAGUGAGUGACAGUUGUUCAGGACUUGGACUAAUUUGGUUUCGCAGUAUGAGUUUGGGGCUUCUCUGGCUAACCAGUAGUCUCUGUUUGCUUUGGCAUGUGUCACUGUGUGCUCUGAUUGUCAGUUUAUGGUUUUCAAGGGAAUUAAAAUCUAAAAGAGUAAACAGGAAGAUGAAAUAUUUGCUCGAGUUGUUGAGUCAUACUGACUUGAUUGAAAUGUCUAAAAUAUUUGCACUGUAACUUGGGGGAGUCGUAACACGGGGUUUGUACUUGCUGUAACUGUGUGUCGCUGUAUGUCUUUGAGGCUGGGUUGAUUGUAUCUAUUUGGCAUGGUCAGUAAAAACAGCUUGACUGAA